AUGGCUUCUCAAGUGGAGCAAGGCUUGAAAGUCGAUAAGGGUUUCAAACCUCAAGCACUCCAUGCAUCAAUCAUUGCAAUGAAGAAUGAGUUCGGAAUUAUAGUCAUUGAAGCAAAUGUGAAUAACCACUUGAGAACAAUUCGCAAAAAAUGGGCAAGAAUUAAAAAACUGAAAGAGUUUAAGCGGAAUGGAUUCAUCCACAAGAUGAGCCCUUACUUAAACAAACCAAUUGAGGAUCAUGACUUUCUUGAGAUUGUUUGCGGUAAUGAUCAAGCAACUGGACGAUGUGCUGUGCAAUUUGGAGAUGAAAUUGGCACCCAUAUAAAUGAUAGCGUCGAGUACCGCCAUCCAUCUCAGACUGAUAGUCUUGAAGACAUGUUUGAGGAUACUUAUUUUCAUGUCAAUAUACUACUGCCCACCCACAACCAAUCAGAGAGUACAGAAAAUGUGGGGGAAUCUUCUGCUCAAUCAAAAAAAGGAAAAGGAAAAUGGAAAAUGCCCACUGAAGUUGAAGCAAUACAAGAGAUUAAUAACACAAUUAAAGAGACAUUGGUAACAAAGAAGUCUACUCGAAAUUUGGAAUUUGCAAAAGAAUUGAUUAGCGAGUGCAUGAAAUUGAAAGUAUAUGGCUACUCUGGCCAUCAAAUCAAUAAGGCCUAUGAUUGGUUAAUCUCCGAUGAUAGCAAAGCUAUGGCUUUCUUAGCAAAGGAUGAAGAGCUAAGGAAGUAUUGGGGCGGAGGACUUCUUUGA